AUGAAGAUUGCUGUGAUUGGACAGAGCCUGUUCGGCCAGGAGGUGUACAAGGAACUCAAAAAGGCAGGACACGAGAUUGUCGGAAUAUUCACAAUCCCAGAUAAAGAUGGCAAAGAGGAUCCUCUUGCUGCAGAAGCUGCAAAGGAUGGCAUCAGCUUGUUUAAGUAUACCCGCUGGCGGGUGAAAGGGAAGGCGAUUCCAGAGGUAGUGAGCGAGUACUCCAGUCUCGGACCGGAACUUAAUGUGCUGCCAUUCUGCUCCCAGUUCAUUCCAAUGGAAGUGAUUGACUUUCCUAAGCAUGGAUCCAUUAUCUACCAUCCCUCCCUACUGCCCAGGCACAGGGGAGCCUCUGCUAUCAACUGGACUCUGAUACAUGGAGACAAGAAAGGAGGGUUCAGUAUAUUCUGGGCAGACGAUGGAUUGGAUACAGGUCCCAUUCUCAUGCAGAGAGAAUGUGAAGUAUUUCCUGAUGAUACUAUUACCACCUUAUACAACCGAUUCCUCUUUCCUGAAGGAAUUAAGGGCAUGGUGGAAUCUGUGGAACUCAUUGCCACUGGGAAGGCCCCAAGAAUUGUACAGCCAACUGAAGGGGUAACUUAUGAGGGAAUUCAGAAGAAAGAAAAUGCAAAGAUUGACUGGGCUCAGCCAGCGGAGGCCCUUCACAACUGGAUCAGGGGCCAUGACAAGGUUCCUGGAGCCUGGUCCGAGGUCAACGGACAUAAACUGACAUUUUUUGGUUCGACGUUGAUCAGUAACUCCCCUCCCCAGGGUCAGACGCUGGACAUCCCUGGAGCUCACACACCUGCCAUUGUUUGCAAAAAUGGCCUGGUUCUCUAUGGAAAUGACGGUAAAAUGCUUCUGGUGAAAAAUCUCCAGUUUGAAGAUGGCAAAAUGAUCCCAGCCUCCAAGUACUUUUCCUCUUCAGAAAGUUCAUCAUUGGAGUUGACCGAAGAGGAGAAAAAACUCAAAGAGGAAGUCCGAGUUAUCUGGAAGGGCAUCCUCACUAAUGUAGCAGAAAUUGUCGAUUCAACAGAUUUUUUCAAGUCGGGAGCUGCAUCGAUGGAUGUGAUCAGACUGGUGGAAGAAAUCAAGCUGAAAUGUGGUGGUCUUCAGCUGCAGAAUGAAGAUGUCUACAUGGCCACCACAUUCGAAGACUUGACGCAGAUGCUCGUGAGGAAACUCCGAGGGGAAGAUGAAGAGGAGGAGCUACUGAUAGACUUUUUUGAGACGAGGGUUAACAACCUGACUCUGCGAAUACCUCACCAAGCCUUUAUCAACGGACAGUUUGUAGAUGCGGAAGGAGGGAAGUGGUAUAACUCCAUCAACCCAACAGAUGGCUCUGUGAUCUGCAGAGUGUCCCUGGCCCAGGUAUCUGAUGUGGACAAGGCUGUAGAAGCAGCGAAAGAGGCAUUUGAGACAGGGGAAUGGGGGAGAAUGAAUCCCAGGGACAGGGGCAGAAUGAUUUACAGGCUGGCAGACUUGAUGGAGCAGCACCAGGAGGAACUGGCGACAAUCGAAGCUAUCGACUCGGGCGCUGUUUACACCUUGGCGCUGAAAACCCACGUGGGGAUGUCCAUCCAAACCUUCCGCUACUUUGCUGGCUGGUGUGACAAGAUUCAGGGCUGCACCAUCCCCAUUAACCAAGCUCGGCCCAAUCACAACUUAACCUUUACCAAGAGGGAGCCGAUUGGAGUGUGUGGCAUUGUGAUCCCGUGGAACUAUCCACUCAUGAUGUUGGCCUGGAAGACUGCUGCUUGCCUUGCUGCUGGUAACACCGUGGUUCUGAAGCCAGCACAGGUGACUCCUUUGACAGCUUUGAAAUUUGCAGAGCUCACAGUGAAGGCUGGAUUCCCAAAGGGCGUUAUAAACAUCUUACCAGGAGCAGGUUCGUUGAUUGGACAGAGAAUAGCUGACCAUCCAGAUGUGAGAAAGCUUGGCUUCACUGGAUCAACCCCAGUUGGGAAGCAAAUUAUGAAAAGCUGUGCACUGGCUAAUGUGAAGAAAGUCUCUCUAGAGCUGGGAGGAAAAUCUCCACUCAUUAUCUUCAGUGACUGCGACUUAGAUAAGGCAGUGCGCACGGGAAUGGGGGCUGUGUUUUUCAACAAGGGAGAAAACUGUAUCGCUGCAGGACGACUUUUUGUUGAAGAAUUUAUUCACGAUCAGUUUCUGCACAAAGUGGUAGAAGAAAUAAAGAAAAUGAAGAUUGGUGACCCUCUGGAUAGAUCAACAGACCAUGGACCUCAGAACCAUAAGGCCCACCUGGACAAGUUGAUUGAGUAUUGUGCUAUUGGGGUGAAGGAAGGAGCAAGACUGGUCUAUGGAGGGAAGCAAGUACCCAGACCUGGGUUUUUCUUUGAACCGACCGUGUUUACUGAUGUGCAGGAUGAGAUGUUCAUUGCGAAGGAGGAAUCCUUUGGGCCCAUCAUGAUCAUCUCCAAAUUCGAAAAUGGGGAUCUUAAUGGUGUGUUGAAACGAGCCAACAGCACAGAGUAUGGAUUGGCCUCGGGUGUGUUCACCCGAGAUCUGAGCAAAGCUCUCUACGUCAGUGAGAAACUUCAGGCCGGAACUGUCUUCAUCAACACCUACAACAAGACCGAUGUGGCUGCACCUUUUGGGGGCUUCAAGCAAUCUGGGUUCGGCAAAGAUUUAGGACAGGAAGCUUUGAAUGAAUAUCUGAGGACCAAAGCCGUGACCAUUGAAUAUUAA